AUGCUGCCCAACGAUAACGAUGUUGAACCAUUGGUAUGUGUUAUCCCAGAGCCUGAGGUCUCUGAUCUUGAAUUGUGGCAACUUAUCCCCAGCUCGGCCGGUCGGUACCAAAUCAAGAAUCUCAAGUAUAAGCACGCCGCCAUUGCCCAAUACCCAUAUAAAGACUCUAUGCCAGUAGUUGGAUCAGAGGGAAAGUGUUGGUGGUUCAUUGAGAGAGUGGGUGCAGAAAUUGAUCCAGAUGGUUACUUCAUUCGACAUAAUGUCAAGACUGACUUAUGUUGGCAUCUCUAUGACGGUUCUGAUAUCACACCAAUAUAUCUACGGCCUUUUGCAAUAGAUCGUCGAUGUAUUUGGAAGAUUUCUCCAUACGAUCAUUCCAGUGUCGAUACAAUGGCAGCUCAUUUGAUGGUUCCUUCACAAUCGGCUUCCUCAUCCAGUCCAACUAUCUCAGUGGAGCUACUGACUGUCUUCAGCUCGACACUUGACACAUGUAUAGAGGCUCAUCCCUCUAUAGCCUUAACAGUGAGGAUACUGAAAUGCUCGUCCGAGAUGAUCAUUGGACAUGUCUAUCGCAGUGAAGGAAUAUCCGAUCCGGAUUUAUCAGGGCUCCUCACGGAGAUUACUGGAGUAUAUAAGCUGAUCCAUGAGCAGAAGGACCUGUUCGUGAAUCUCGCCAUGGAAGAGGUUUCAGAAAAGAUUGCGCGACAGAUGUUGGAGUGCGCUGAUUUUAUUACCCACCACUCGGAAAAAGCAGUAUUUUGGACAAAGCUCGGAAAGAAUACCUCUACUGAGACACGUCUAGAAGUCCGACGCCUGAAUGUCAUCUUGAAGAAGCUUGUCAAUUGUGUUCAGCAACAGAUCGCCGAUAGCACCUUGAUCUAUAUUCAUAGGGUCGCCCAAGAUGUGGACUUAAGCGGCCUGGAAUACGCGGUUGGAGCUGGAAUGAAUCCGUCCAAAGAAUGUCUUGAUGGAACUCGGAUGGAGAUUAUCUCCAUGAUCAAGGACUUCUUCUAUUCGACUAAAGAGGAUGCAAAGCGAAUCUUCUGGCUAUCUGGUAUGGCGGGGAAGGGGAAAUCCGCAAUUGCUCAUACGAUAGCCACUUGGUCCCAUGCGCGUGGCGGGUUGGGCUCUUGUUACUGCUUCGAUCGAACACGACAAGCAGAUCGUCGACACGAAAAGAUAUGGUCUACGAUCGCGCGAGACUUGGCCGAUCACGACCCCUUUAUCCGCCGUGAACUUGCGCGUAUUGUGCUUCACGGCACCAGUGAACUCAGGCAUACAGAGGCUGUCAGUCGACAAUGGGAACGGCUGCUUACUGUCCUGAACAAUGUGGCAUCGAUGGACAAGCCGGGACCUGUGCUAAUUAUCAUUGACGCACUGGACGAGAGCGGUGAGUGUGACACCCGUGAACUAAUAUUGGACCUACUUUCUGGCAAGCGAGACGGAACCUCACUUCGAACAACAAAGCUUCCCCCAAACAUCCGCAUCUUGAUCACCUCCCGCCCGCUGUCAGAUAUUCAUGACGCUUUGCACGAUUUACCACACGUUCAACACGUAUCUUUGGAUGACGAUGCAUUCCUGGAAUCUACGCAACGUGACAUCAAGACGUACAUCAAUGGCAAGCUGGGCCGUCAAGAUGCUUUCGGAGACGGCGAUGUCACAGAGCUUGCGCGCAAGUCGGGUGGUCACUUUGAGUGGGCCCGUCUUGCAUGCCAUUAUGUGCGCAAGAACAGCGCGAGAAGUAAACGGGACCGUUUCAAUUCUCUGAUCUCUGGGACACUAGCUACAGGUGUACAGUUGUUGGAUGAUAUGUACCGACGCAUUUUGGAAGAAGUCAUGCCCGAGGACGAGCGCGACGAGGGAAUUGCGGUGUUUUGCUCCGUCAUGGGACAAAUCCUUGCCUCGUUGGAGCCAUUAUCAAGAGCUGCCUUGGUUGCGAUGCGACAGCACUUUCCAUGCGAGGACGGCGCCGACAGACAUGAGCGGGACGUUUCUGUAAAGGAGAUGGUUGAGUGCUUGGGGGCGCUUCUGAUCGGGGUAACCGACAGUCGAACACCCAUUCGGCCACUGCAUGCAUCCUUUUAUGAUUUCUUAGCAGACAAGCGUCGGAGUGGUGAGUAUGGUGUCGAGCUGUCAGAAGCGCACCAACGAAGACUAGCCGUUGCUUCACUUUGCGUAAUGAAGAACGAGCUACGCUUCAAUAUCUGCGGGCUGCAGACGUCUUACCUUCCCAACUCCUCCAUCCCACAUUUGCAGCAGAGUAUCGCGAGCUGCAUUUCACCACAGUUGCAAUAUUCAUGUCGAUUCUGGACUUCGCACGUAGUCGCUGCACGUUUCCAAUCGUCGCUGGCAGAAGAAAUUGAAACCCUCUUUAAGGACGAGCGUGUACUUUUUUGGCUCGAAGUUCUCUGUCUGAUGAAGAGUCUCAGUGGGUCUGCUUCGGCACUGUCUUCAAUCUGGUCUUGGCUCAAGGAUGAUGAUAAUGGCUCACAGCUCAAAACGACCAUAGCCGACACAGAACGAUUCAUCCGCUUAUUUGCAGCACCAAUGCUGUAUAGCACACCACAUCUUUAUCUGUCCGUUCUACCUUUUGCUCCAAUUGUAUCCCGAAUUUCAACGCACUGCGCCAUGUUUCCCCGAACCCUUGUCGUUGCUGCUGGAGGGAUGGCUAGGUGGCCAUCUCUCUUUAAUACACUCCGAGGGCAUACCGAUUUUGUCAAGUCAGUCACAUUCUCGCCCGAUGACCGACGCAUCAUAUCCGGGUCAUAUGACAAUAGGAUACGUGUAUGGGAUGCGGAGACGGGACUGCAAUCGGGCUCACCUCUCGAGGGGCAUACAAGUAAAAUUAACUCCAUCGCAGUCUCGCACGACGGCCGACGUAUCAUAUCCGGAUCGGAGGACAAGACAAUCCGUGUCUGGGAUAUACAGACAGGGAAGCAACUCGGCUUCCCCCUUCAGGGGCAUACUGGGCCUGUCACGUCCGUCGGAAUUUCACAAGAUGGUCGACGCAUCGUAUCCGGGUCGGAAGAUAAGACAAUCCGUGUCUGGGAUAUGCAGACAGGGAAGCAAUUGGGUCUCCCUCUCAAAGGACAUGUAGGCUAUGUCAUGUCUGUCGCCAUAUCGCACGAUGGCCAACGCAUCGUGUCCGGAUCAUGGGACAACACGGUCCGUGUGUGGAAUGCGAAUACUGGGAAGCAGUUGGGGUCCCCUCUUGUAGGGCAUACGGGCAUUGUUGACUCGGUCGCAAUCUCAUAUGAUGGCCGACGCAUCGUAUCCGGAUCGGACGACAACACGAUUCGUGUGUGGGAUGCAGUGACAGGGCAGCAAUUGGGGUCUCCCAUCGAAGGGCAUACAGACUACGUCAAGUGUAUUGCAAUCUCGCACGAUGGCCGACACAUCAUAUCUGGAUCGAGAGAUGGCACAGUUCGUGUGUGGGAUGUGGAAACAAGGCAACAAUUGGGACCCUCUCUGGAGGGACACACCGGCGAUGUCCUAUCGGUCGCCAUGUCGCACGAUGGGCGACGCAUCGUAUCCGGGUCGGAUGACAACAUGGUUCGUCUGUGGGACGCAGAGAUAAUGCAGCAAUUCAACUCUCCUCUCGAGUGGCACCGUAUAGGUUAUGUCAGGUGUGUUGCAAUCUCGCAUGAUGGCCGACGCAUCGUAUCUGGAUCAGAUGACAUGACGAUCCGUGUGUGGGAUGCAGUGACCGGGUUGCAAUUAGGCUCCCCUCUCGAGGGUCAUGCAGGCAAUGUUUAUUCUGUUGCAAUCUCGCACGAUGGAAGACGCGUCGUAUCCGGAUCGGCUGACAACACUGUCCGCGUGUGGGAUGUAGAGACAACGAAGCAAUUAGGUCCCUCUCUCGAGGGGCAUACAGGCCAUGUUAUGUGUGUCGCACUCUCGCACGAUGGUCGUUGCAUCAUAUCCGGAUCUUUAGAUCAAACGGUCCGUGUGUGGGAUGCAGAAACAGCAAAGCAAUUGGGCCCCCCUCUCGAGGGACAUAUAGGCUAUGCUAUGUGUGUCGCACUCUCGCAUGAUGGCCGACGCAUCGUAUCCGGAUCAUCGGAUAACAGCGUCCGUGUGUGGGAUGCAGAGACAAGGAAGCAACUGGGUUCGCCUCUCGAGGGCCAUGCAGGCUAUAUCAUGUCUGUUGCAAUCUCGCGCGAUGGCCGACACAUUGUAUCCGGAUCAAGCGACAAAACUAUCUGUGUGUGGGAUGCAGAGAUGGGGAAGCAAGUAGGCUCCCCUCUAAAGGGACAUACAGGCCAUGUCAUGUGCGUCGCACUCUCGCACGAUGGCCGACGCAUCAUAUCCGGGUCGGAAGACAACACAGUUCGUGUAUGGGAUGCAGCGGCAGGGCAGCAGUUAGACUUCCUGUUUGAAGGGCAUACAGACUCUGUUCUAUCUGUCGCAAUCUCGCAGGACGGGCGCGUCGUAUCUGGCUCUCUUGAUGGCACCAUCCAAGUUAGGGAUAUAGAUAAUGCUGCAUACAUGCCGAAUCCUGCGCCUGCUACAUCGGACGUAGUGUUUUCUGGGCAUCGUGAACUGUGUUUCUCGUUGAAUCCCGCUCACAAGCUUCGUUCCCCUGUCUCAUUUUUGCAGGACUCUCCACCGAUUUCGCUGUUUCCCAACGAGGAUGGUUGGUUGGUUGGCCCUGAAGGCCGGCUCCUUUUCUGGGUCCCACCUCAACUUCGGACCGCCAUGCACUCCCCGAUAACUACUUUGGUGAUACCCACGUAUGGUUUGCAGCUUGAUCUGAGUAGGCUUGUACAUGGAGAAUCGUGGCAAGACUGUUGUAACUUGGACUAA